AUGGCGGACCCGCGUGCGGCGGCCGCGGCGCCCACCUCUGCGUCGCAGGCCCCCGGCACCGCCGCCACGCCGAGAGCCGCGGACGACCUUGCCGAGGUGCUGCGCCAGCGCCGCGCGGCGUGCGCCGAGGCCGAACCCGAGGCCACGGAGACCUCCACCGCCGCGGUCGCCGAGGCCGCGGAGGCGUCAGCGGCUGAGGCCGCGGGCGCCAGAGGCGGCCCCGCGGCGGUGGAGGCGGGCGCCGCCGAGGGCAGCCCGCGGGGGGCGGCCGCGCCCGCCGCCAGGGCCGCGCCAGGGAGGUCCGCCGUGGCCCGGUCCGACGAGGACCUGGCGCAGGUGCUGCGGCACCGGCGCGAGGUGUGCACGGAGCUGGAGUCCGUUCCCGGGGGCUCGACCGCGGACUCCGGUGCGGCGUUCCAGGGCGCCGGGCAGAGCUCCAGCGUCGCGAUGUGGGAGUCGGUGCCAGGGGGCUCCACGGCCGACACCGGGUCGAGGCUCCAGGGCGCCGAGCAGAGGGCGGACUGUACGGUGUGGCAGUCUGUGCCGAGCGGCUCCAAGGCCGACGCCACAGCCAGCUCUGCGCCAGUGGCGGCCGCCACCGCCGCCGCCAGGGGUCCGAAGACACAGGCGGAGCUACAGAGCUGGAUGGAGACCAGGCGCGACCGCUGCAAAGUCAUCGAGAGCGACCCCGUCGCCCCUGGCGCGGGAGAAGGCGCAGUGACGGCAGACCCCGCCGUCACCGCGGCGGCCAUGCCCAGUGUGGCUGUGGCGUCAGCGAGCGUCGCCGCGCCAGAGAGGCUCGCAGGCGACGGCAGCCGGGCGCGCGCCAGCGGUGACGACCUGGCGAGGUGGAUGGAACGGAUGCGGGGCCGGUGCGAGGUCAUCGAGAGUUUCCCAGAGGCGCAUGUCUCGGACGCGCUGUGGGACGGCCCGCUGGAUGGCGAGUGCAGCGCGGCGGAGAACUUCCAGGACCUGAGGUCGUCCCUGGAGGCCCGGGCGUCGCAGGCCCGGCCACCUGAGGCGAGGCCUUCGCAGCCAGGGCGCGACAGGGCGCGGAGGGACGACUGGGCGCGCUGCCUCGGCAGGCACGAAGGGGCCGAGGGCGAGUUCGCGGAUGUCCCGGCGGUGCUGCCCCGCCUGCUGGCGGGCCGCUCGGUGGUCGACGCGCUGCCCGCGGACGCGACGCCAGAGAGUCUGUCUGUCGCGUUCGCGGAGAAGUAUCUGGUGUGGCGCAGCGAGGACACCAGUGGCAGGGUCUUUGGCAUUCUGGCGCAGCUGCUGAGAUACCACUUCCCGUCUCGCGCCUCUGCCCUGCAGUCGCUGCCGGGCGCCUGCGAGAGCCUGGCCGACACGCUCUCGGCGGCGUGCGGCGGCGCGGGCGGCACCGGCCUGGCGCGGCUGCUGCUGGAGCCUUGCGGGGAGACGUCUCACACUCUACUGCUUUGCGACAUGAUCGUCUCCGAGCAGAAGGACCUCCUGCCCCUCUUCGUGGUGCUCGCCCUGCUCGGCGACCUGCCCGACGGCCCCGCCGGCGAGGCGCUGCCGCAGCUCGCCGCGCGGCUGCCGCGCGCCGUGCAGCGCAGCCUCGGCGAGGGCACCAGGAGAGGCGUGGAGAGGGCGCGGGAGCUCUACGAGGCCACCCCGCGGUCGUUCUGCAUGUGCGUGGGGAGCUCGGCUGCGGCUGCCGCGCCCAUCUGCUCCGUGGAGGCACGGGAGCUGGUGGAGCACGUCUACGAUCCGCCGGAGCUGCCCUGGAGGCUGGUGGCGGUCGAUCUGCGAGGCGGCUGCGGGGGCGUCGUGCUGCCCGUGUGCCUGAGGCUGGGCGCCCACCAGGACAUCGGGGCCGUCCUGGAGGACAUGCCCGACGAGGACUGCAUACACCUGUGCCUGGUGGCGGACGGGGACCCUGGCGCUUUGCAGGAGGCGCUGGAGCUCGGCAAGCAGCUGACAGGGACCCCGCUAUGGCGGCGGCACAUCUCCGUGGCAAGCGGGGGGUGGCAUGCGCUUACGGACGCCGUCCAUGCGGGCGGCUUCGACCUCGUGCAGGUGGAGGGGGAGUCCUGCGUGGCUGAGCAGGAGAAGCUCGGAGCGAAGAAGGGCGGGCUGAUGAAGGUGGCGGGCUCCUGGCGGCACAAGGUGGCGAAGAGUUCCGAGAAGGUUGCGCACAGCGUCUUCAAGGGUGCCAGCAAAGCACUGCAGAAGAUCAGCGAGCAGGACGAGAAGAUCCAGAAGGCCGUGCGCGAGGGAUUGGCCGGCCUGGCGAAGGGUGAGCAAGAGCCGUGCGCCUCUCCCGCGCUAAAAGAUUUGGACUUCGCGGAGGGGCCGCUGGGUUUCGACCUCAGGGGCACUGUCGUGAGCCUCGUCGAGCCAGAGUCGCAAGCGGCUCUGCUAGGCGUGGGGAUCGGAGAUGUUCUUGUCGCCGUGGCCGGCAGGGAGAUCCCCUCGCCGCCGCCCAGCGACUCCGCCGAGGAGGGCGAGAACCGCGUCAAACGGCUGAUCAAGAGGUGGAUCAAGGAGAAGCCGAGGCCUGUGAGGCUCAGUUUCAAGAGCGGCGGCGCCGGUGCAGAGGACGAAGGCUGA